AUGGUGCGGAAGAACGACGCCUCGGCGAUCCAAAUCCAGACGUCUCUCGCUUUCGCCAAACUCUCUCCUCCUUCACCGUCAAAGUCAAUGCCAACGCCAAGGUCAGCUUUCACGCCUCGUCCUCGUCCAUCCGCCACCACCGUAGCCGAAGCCCUGGACGCGGUCUGCAAAUUGACCGGCAUCGGACCGGCCACGGGGACACUGAUCCUCAACGUCUUCGACCCGGUCCACAUCCCUUUUUUUCAGGACGAGAUGUUCGUGUGGUUCUUCCCCAACGUCGGCGACAAGCUCAAGUACACGCUCAAGGAGUACCUGCGGCUGCUCGAGGCGGCGGCACCGGUCCUGGAGAAGUUGAACGUCCGGGCCGUCGAGCUGGAACAGGUUGCUUAUGUCCUGGGACACGUGGACGUGUUGGACGCGGCGGAGCGCCAAGCGCUAACGGACGUGUUCAAGGAGUGCGAGGGCGAUACUGGUACUAGUCAGGACGGCAAUCGCGGUCCGGACCGCGCAGCGGAGGAUGGUGGCGAUGCGAAGGACACCACGACCAGUACUCCACGGCGAGAGCCACCACCAGCUGAUAAAGGAAGGAAACGGGUAGCGAGGGAAAAGGAUGAAGACGACAAGGGAGGAGAAACCCGGGCUCCAAAACGACGAUCACAGCGGAAGAAGUGA